GUAUGCAUAUCCACAAAAGUAACUAUGUGAAAAAAAAAAGGUGCAACAAAAGGCACACUGAAGACAAACACAUUGGCGGGCGAGCAACGAUGUGGGGAGAACAACCAGAACGAGCAUGAUGACACAGAACAAGCAGUGCAAGCAGUAGGCGGAGGGGACCAUGUAGGACAAUGACAACAAGGAGAAGAGGGAGCAGUUACAGGAUGAGGGCGAGGAGGAGAGAAAGGGCAGGAAGGGGAGGAAGAACGAAUGGCAAAGGGGAGGAUGGGGGGGGGGGGGGGGGGGAUGGGAGGAGGUGGACGAGGAGAGGGACAGACAAGGUGGAUAAGGGGAGGAGGGUGGGGAGGAUGAGGCGGAGGAAGCGGCGCCUUCGGUCAUGACGAGGGAAUAUGAGGAUUGGUUUGGGGGCAGGCGGCAAGUAGUACAAGAAAGAGGAACAGGCAAGGGGGAAUACUGGGGAGAUGGACAGGCAGGACGAGGAGGUAGAGGAAGAGCAGAAUGAGGAGAGAGGAGCAAGAGGAGCGGAGGAGGGGUUGGCAGAGGUACUGAAGGAUGGGCUGAAGGAGAGGCCAAAGGAAGGGAGAAUGACAAGAGGAAGAAGAAAAGCAAGAGGAAGAAGACCAGGAACCGGAGGAUGAGAAGAGGAUGGCCUGGAAUUAAGGCAGGGGAGGAAGUGGAUGAGGAGGAAGGAGGAGGAGGAGGAGGAGGAGGAGGAGCAUGAUGAAGGGAAGGGAAGAGAGGGAUGAUGACGUGGAGGGAGGGGAGGAGACAGUCAAGCAAGAGGUAGCUCAGAACAAGGAAGGAGGAGGAGAAGGCGGGCCUGGACAGGGAGUGGAGGAGAAAGAGAGGAGAAGGAAGCGGAAAAGAACGAAGAGGAUGCUGAGGAAGAGGAGCACUAGCAGGAGGAGGAGGGAGUUAUGAGGGGAAGCAUUUAGGAGGAUGCAGAGGAUGAGACAAGGAAGAAGAAGAAAGGCAGGAGGAGAAUGGGGUAGAGGAGGAGGCGGUGGCGGUGGAGAAGACGAGCAAGAGGAGGAGGAUGGGAAGAAAAAAACGAGGGAGAUAGGAAGGAGGUGCAGCAGGCGUGCGACGAGGGGAUAGGGUGGAGGCAAUGGACGGAAACAAGGAGAACGCGCAGAUGUCAGAGGUGGAGGAGAAGGAGAAUAGAUAAGAAUGAUAGAGGAAAACAAGGAGGGGAGGGAGGGGAGGAAGGGGAGGAAGGGAAGGAAGGGGAGGAAGGGAAGGAAGGGGAGGAAGGGGAGGAGGGGGAGGAGGGGAAGGCAAGGCGCACAAGCACAAAAGCAGCAGCACAGCAAGAGGAGGAGCAAGAGGAGGACGAGGAGGUUAGCAGCAGGAGAAGACGAGGAGGGGAGGAAAGAACAGAAUGCCGAGGAGUGGAUGGAGGGAAAGGAAGAGAGGGAGGGGAAGUAGUAGUUUGAGGAGGACGAGGAGGGGGAGGGAAAACAGGAAGGAGAAGGAAGGGGAAGCACAUGACGAGAAGUAAGAGCAGGAGCAGAGUGGGGAGGAAGGAGGAGGAGAAGGAAGAGAAGCACAAGAUAAGAAGUAAGUGCAGGCGCAGAGCAAGGAGGACAAAGUAGGAGACAGAGGAUGAGGAGAAGGAGCACGUGGAGAAGUGGGAGAGGAUUCAGAUGACAUGUAGGAAGAGGAGGAGGAGGAGCUAGCGGGAGAUGCAAAUGGAGAAGGAGGAGAAACUAGAGGGGGAAGGAGAUGGGGAGAGAAGAUGAGCACGAGCAGAGGCAACGAGAGUAGCAGGAGGACGAGGCAAAGCCGCAAUGGAGUAAGGAGGCAAAGCAGCAGCAGCAGCAGAAGGGGACAAGGAGGAGGGAAGGAAGAGGAGGAAGUCUUAGAGGAGAAGAGGAGAACGAGGAAGAAGAGGAGGAGGAAGGGGAGGAGGAAGCAGAGUAUGUGGAAGAGCAAGAGAGAAAGGAGCAAAAUGAGGAGUCGUGUGCGGAGCAGGAGAGAGGUGAAGAAGGUGGAGGCGAAGGAGGAGGAGAAAACGGAAAAGGAGGAGGAAAGGUGCGAGAGAAUGCAGACAGCGAGGAGAAGCAGCACGGGGAGAUGGGUGGGUAUGGAUACCCAGGAUGAGGUGGAGGAGUAGAGGAGCAGAAAAAGGAAGAGGAGGAGGAAGAAAGGUGAGAUAGAAGGCAGAGAACGAGGAGAAGCAGCACGAGGAGGAAGGAGAGCAGGAGGAGACGAGAGGGUAAGGAUACCCAGGAGGAGUAGGAUUAUUAGAAAGAGGUAAGGAAGCAUAAGAUGAUGACAAGAAGGAGAAAGAGCAGGAUGGGUAGUAGUAGUGGUAGGAGAAGGAGGAGGAGGAGCAGAAGGAGGAGCAGAAGGAGAAAGAAGAGCAGGGGCAAAAGCAGGAGAACCAGUAAGAGGAGGAAGAGGGGUAAGAGGAGGGAGAUGACGAGGAAAAGAACAGGAGUUAGGAAGCGUAGGAAUGGAUGGCAAGAAGGAGAAGGAGGAGCAAGAGAGGAGGGAAAGAACACAAACAAUGAGGAAGAAGAGGAGGAGGAGGAGGAGAAAGAGCAGGAUCAAGGAGAUGAGGAGGAGUAACAAGAGGAACAAGGCAGGUGGAGUUGCAGGCAGAGGAGUAGUAAGAGAAGAGAGAUGAGCAGGAGGAGGAGGGAGAGGAGGAGGAACAGGAGGAGGAGGAGGAGAAGAGCAAGCAAAGGGAGAGGAGGGAGAGGAGAGAGUGGAGGGAAAGGAGGUCGACGAGGGAGAGAACAGAGUAGGAAGGGAUGGAGAGGAGGUAGAUAAAGGGUAGGAGGAAGA